CCAUUGCAAACGUAAAUGUCAGUUCUUAUGCCGUUGAAGGUCAGACUGAUGCUGCAGCAGCGGUGGACCUACUUCAGGAGCAAGUGGAACCUUCUGGAAUUGUCAAUCAUCAUACUGACUUGGAGCGCUGUGGCUGUUUUCAUCAAGAGAACUCUGCUGGGAAACCGGGAUAUGACCUACUAUCAGAACCACAGAGACCAAUUUGCCAGUUUUUCCGAGACGGCCUCUGCAGAUUCACAGCUCCAGUAUCUGAUUGCAUUCUUGGUUCUUCUCGCCACAAUCAAACUGUGGCAUUUGCUCGGAAUCAACCCCAAAAUGAACAUGCUCACGGCCACGCUGCAGCGAGCCUGGGAGGAUCUCUCUGGUCUGAUUCUGAUCAUUAUGAUAAUGUUCAUAGCCUACUCCGCUGUGUUCAACGUGAUGUACGGCUGGCAGCUGUUCUCCUACAGGACUCUCAGCGAUGCUCUCCUCACCGUCAUCAGUUUACAGAUCGGUAUCUUUAACUACGAUGAGGUUUUUGAAUACAACCCUGUAAUUGGUGGAUUGCUCAUUGGCUCCUGCAUCAUGUUCAUGACAUUUGUAGUGCUCAAUUUCCUCAUUACAGGCAUCCUGGUGGCAUUCCAACAAGAGCAGAUUGAACAUGAGGCAUCAGAAGAGAGGGAGAUUAUCGACCUCCUUCAAAAAAAAAUCUGUGGUCUCUUUGGGAUUAGGAGCGAUGAAGCAAACAAAAGUGAAAGCCGUGAAACGACCCUGGAUAAUGAAGAGCGGGUCCUCGACGCUUCUGAGAAGAAACCCUGUUUCACUGAGCUGACAACCGACAACUGAAGCUUUAAUGUGUGGGUGUUUAUCACUUACAGUUAAAAACAUCUUUUAGCAUCUUUGUAAAUGUGCUGUCGGAGAUCAUGAAGCGAGAUGGUGAUGAAAGUAUAUUUGUAUAUGUACAGUUAUUCCAUGUGAGAAAGAUGCUAACUUUCAUCCUCACUGUUUUUUUUUUUUGCAUUUAAUUUCCUUAAAAUAUGUGAUAUUAGAUUAGGUCGGAAAGUUCUAAGACAGCUGUCAUCGUUGUUAAAGUCGGAAUCGUUAUUGGUUUCUCCUCCGAUAAUGAAACACCAAUAACGCAAUGCCUGAGUUUCACCAAAUGGUGUGCACAGAAAAAGGAAAAAACGGCUGCAUAUUAAAACGAAAGUCACUAGAUGGCAGCAUUGCAGCUCAUUUAAUCAAUUUAUACUCAUACAGUGGUUUCUACAGAUAAAUAAAUAAAUAUUACCAGGCCUAUAUCGGUAUAGGUUGAUAUCAGAAAAUUAAGUGUUUGGACAAUUAAGUUAAUAUCGGACAUCCCUAUGUUGAAGUCAUUGACGGUUUGCGACAGGUUUUUGAUCUAGCGCAGUGUGAUUUUUUUUUUUCCUUUCCCCAAAACUGAACACAUUUAAAGGAAGUGGAGUUCAGUCCUAAGACCAGACGUAGAAACAGAUUGUGACCUGGUGUCAAAGGUCAUCCUCCGGAAUUCUACAGAGAAAUAAUUCUCUAACGGAGACAACACUGAAGUAGAGUUGAGACUUUUCGAUGUAGAGAAAAGGUUUUGGGUUUUUAUGUAACCUUUUGACCUUGAACUUUACAUACGUAGCUUUCACUGUGCGCUCACUAAAAAAAGAAGCUCCAUAAUAACUGUACUAGUCAUACAGGAGCGCGUCUGUUUUCUUGGAAUCAUCAGCUCAUGUGUUUAGUACAUGUACUGCACCUGCAGGUGUUAAAGCUGAUUUUCAGUCUUUUCACAAAACAAAAUGUACUCAGGGGUCGUGACCUGGUGAACACACUCACAUAUAUGGAAGGAAAAGUGGUUCCAUAUAUGUUAGUGUGCCACCAAACAUAACAUAACAACUCAUCCAUGUAACUGGUUAUGUGGUUUUUACAGUGUAGAAAUAUACAGGGGUUGAAGCACAGAGCAGUGAAAAACAUCAGUGAACAAACGUGGAAAAUGGUUCUUGGUCCUCUUUUCUGUAGUUCCAUGUAACUCCACAGGUGUUUUGUUCAUUUGUCUAUGAUGAAAGAAAAUCUCUUAUGACCGGUUUAUCACAAGGCCUCUUAAUUAACAUUCCCCAGCUGUGUGUGUGUGUGUGUGUGUGUGUGUGUGUGUGUGUGUGUGUGUGUAGGGGGGCGGGGACGUUUGAAUCCAAUGCAGGGGAAUGAAACCUAAGCCCUGACCUUUUUGUUGUAAGGCAAGAGUGCUAAUCAGCAAUUCACCGUGGCCUUUAUUUGAAAAACAAAAAGAAAAAUAAUAUAUUUCGAGCCUCAGGUUGGUGGUGCAAACGCCUGCAUUUAUUCUGUGGUUUUCUUAUUUAAUCCCACUCAUGGGAAUGUUCUGGAUGAAAAUAUUAUUAAACAGUGUCAGUUAGAGCUACUGUCUUUGACUUGGUAGCACAUUCAUUCAUAUUCAUUAUGUGUAUCAUAAACAGCCCACGUAAGUGGCACCUUUGAGAAUCAUGCUGUUCGGAAUGUUUCUUUGUCUGCAAUUUAUGGAUUUGAUUUGUCUGAAGAUUUCAUGGAUGAUGAGUUUGUCAGGAAAAUCACACAAGAUUACUGCUGCGACCUUGUCCCUGGGCCGUGUUCGCUGUCCACUCAUUCGUGUCUUUACACACAUGCAUUAGGAGCCAGCUUCUAAUUGGCUAAAAUUACAGGCAUUGCGAUUAAAAAAAAAAAAAAAAGAAG